CCAGGCGGCAGAGCUGGGGGGGCCCGGCCCCAUGGAGCCGCCCGGGUCUGGCGCGGGGGGAGCCGCCCUGCUCACCGUUAUGGAUCCCUCGGUCACUCUAUGGCAGUUCUUGCUCCAACUGCUGGAGCAGCAGAGCAACGGGCAUCUCAUCGCUUGGACGUCCAACGACGGGGAGUUCAAGCUGGUGGACGCGGAGGAGGUCGCCCGGCUCUGGGGGCUCCGGAAGAACAAGACCAACAUGAACUACGACAAGCUGAGCCGGGCCCUGCGUUACUACUACGACAAGAACAUCAUCCGUAAAGUCAGCGGGCAGAAAUUUGUUUACAAGUUCGUCUCCUACCCGGAACUUUCCACUAUGGAUGGGGUGAAGGACGAGGGGGGCGCCAAGAGACUGGAGCAGGUCCAGCUUGACGCCAAAGCGGGAGAGGGGGCCUUUGGCCCCCCCAAAGCCCCCCGCGGAGGUGGCGGCACCCCGCGCAGCAGUCGGAACGAAUAUAUGCGCUCCGGGCUCUAUUCCACGUUCACCAUUCAGUCGCUGCAGCAGACUCCUUCGCCCGCUGGACGGGCCUCUCGCCAGGAGACGGAGAUCCUGACUGUCGCGCUGCCUCCUGCCGCCCCUGAACCGCCACCCCCAGCCCUGGCCCCCGUAGAGGGUCUCCCGCAGCUACACAUCAGCAUCGAGGAACCGGAGGAGUCUUCAGAGUCCUUGCAAAUCAUAGUGGAGCCCACCCCCCUGGAGCAUUCCCCACUUGAAGAGAAGGUGCUGGUGAAGGUAGAGGAGGAAAGCCUGGACCUGGAAGAGGAAACGGCCGCCCUGCUGGUUCUGAUGGACGCUGCGGAGAAGGAAGAGACGGCGCCCGCAGAGAAGGCGUCCCUGGAGGCCGGGCUGCCCGAGGCGGGGCCCGUGUUGCUGAAAGAGGAAGCGCUGUCGCCCAGCCAGGCCAAUGUCUCUGUCGAGGGACAACCCCAAAAGGGCAAGAAGCCCAAAGUCUUGGAGCUGCCGUCGCUGCCCACCCAGGAGAAAGUGAACGCCGCCGUGAACAGUCUCCUGGCGCCAGGCGGAACGGGGAGUACUCUCACCCCGACCACGGUUAUAUCUUCCCAUGCGUUGACUCCUGUCUUGCUCACCCCAAGUUCCCUGCCCCCCACCAUCCAUUUCUGGAGUACUCUGAGCCCGAUUGCCCCCCGGAGUCCGGCCAAGCUCUCUUUCCAGUUUCCUAGCAACUCUAGCUCACAAGUUCACAUCCCUUCGCUCAGCGUGGAUGGACUCUCCACCCCUGUCGUCCUUUCUCCGGGCCCCCAGAAGCCAUAACGUUUCCUCUCCGCAUCGCUGUUAU